UAAUUGUUAUUUUUAGACAACCGCAUACAUUUCGCGCCAUAUUUUGCGAGGGUAAGCAUUCGAAGAAGAAAGACUAAAAAGAAAGUGAAGAUAACAGAUAUUUUGUCAUAAUGACAGCAAAACUUAGUAACGGCUCGAUUGAGGCUAUUAUUAAGGGAGGAUCUCCAGAUAAGCCAGUUCUUCAAGUUAUUAGUUUUAAGAAGAUAUCAGCAGGUGGAUCAGCUGAUAGAUAUAGAUUAUUAUUAUCAGAUGGAGAACUCACAUAUUCACAUGCCAUGUUGGCAACCCAGUUAAAUAAUUAUAUGGAAGAUGGUUUAAUAGAUAAUCUGUGUGUGAUUCAAGUUGAACGAUAUCUCUGUAAUACAAUACAAAAUGACAGACGUAUAAUGAUAUUACUGGAUGUAAAUGUUUUACAACCUGGUUCACAAGUUGGUGUUAGAAUUGGUAAUCCACAACAGUAUAAAGCAUCUGCUGCUGAUGGUGGUCAAGUGAAUGGUCAUGAUAAUACUAAUAAUAGUAACCACAUGAAGGCAGAAACUACUGCACAACCAAUCAAUAAACCACUAAACAACAGUAGUAAUGGACCCAUGGCUACCAAUAACAAUAAACCUGGUUACAGUAUAAAAGGGGGAGGGGCUGCUACAGCCAGUCCAUCUACAUCCAGAGUACAUUCAAUCAGCAGUCUGACACCAUAUCAAAACAGAUGGCGAAUCAGAGCACGAAUAACCCAGAAAUCAUCUGUUAAAACCUGGAGUAAUUCACGUGGAGAGGGUAAACUCUUCAGUGUUAAUUUUCUUGAUGAAUCUGGAGAAAUACGAGCAACGGGAUUUAAUGAUGCUGUUGACAAAUUUUACGAUAUGUUAGAAGUCAAUAAGGUAUAUUAUGUUAGUCGAGCCACUCUGAAGACAGCCAACAAACAAUAUUCAUCAGUGAAUAAUGAUUAUGAAAUGACCUUUAACCCUGAUACUAAUAUAGAGGUAUGUGAGGAGGAAACUGAUCUACCGAGCAUGACCUUUGAUUUUGUCCAAAUAUCAGAUUUAGAAAAACAUCAACCAAACAGUAUGAUAGAUAUAAUUGGAGUUGUGAGUAAAUGUGGUGAUAUUGGUUCCGUUGUUGGUCGUCAGAGUCAGAAAGAAAUAACAAAACGUGAUAUAACUUUAGUUGACCAAUCAGGUGUUGGUGUUAAUCUCACAUUGUGGGGUAACGAUGCUCAACAGUUUAGUGGAGAUGGUAAUCCUGUUAUAGCUGUAAAAGGUGCCAGAUUAUCAGAUUAUGGUGGUCGAUCGUUGUCAGUGUUAGCCAGUAGUCAGAUGAUAAUGAAUCCAGAUAUAAGAGAAAGUCAUUUCUUGCGUGGUUGGUACGAUCGAGAAGGACAGAGUAUGAACUUUGAUAAAUUUGCCAGUGAUGGGCCGGGAUCGAGUGGAGCAGGUGGCGCUACAAAUUGGAAGACGUUUAGCCAAGUGAAGAGUGAAAAUUUGGGACAAUCGGGUAAAGCUGAUUUCUUUACAUCUAAAGCCACCAUUGUUUACCUAAAGAAAGAAAACUGUAUGUACCAGGCAUGUCCAACAGACCAUUGUUAUAAUAAUGGCACCGACAUAUUUAGAGAUUCCCUGGUCAGAUAUCUGGGUUAUACUAAUGAAGUAGGUGAAGCGUUUAGAUCUCAGGUUCCAGUUCGAUUGGUGUAUUUAAGUUAUGGUGUAGCCAGCUGUUAUGUUGUAGCAGAUGCUAUUCAUAAAGGAUAUGCUCAGUACAAGAAAAAACACAAAACCAAAAAAGAAAAGUUUGAAAGAGUUUCCAUAGCAACCGGUGAUUGCUUGAUAUGGCAGGGGUUUGCGUCUGUUGCUAUCCCAGGAUUCACCAUAAACAGACUCUGUACAUAUUUGGGAGUUGCAUUGAAGCGGGGUACAAGAUUUUCACCACCAGUACGCCACUGGACCACAACAAUAAUUGGCUUAAUCUGCAUUCCAUUUAUUGUGAAGCCUAUCGAUAAUGCAGUGGAAUACUCCAUGAAUAAAACUCUUAGAAAAUUCUACUCAACUGACGAACAAUCAUCAGCUUCUAACCUUGAUUCUUGAUACUUGGCAUUUCUAGUUUGUCUUCAUUUAAACCGCUAAUUGUCUUUUGCACCAGGACCAUUUAUAAUUUUUUACAGUUUAAAGAUGCAUUAUGUAAGAUCUAAAUCUUUCUAUUGCUGGUCUUUAUUUUGGCUUCAAAUGUUAUAUAAAAUAUUAUUUAGACAUCUGCAGGACGGAGGGCCUGACAAGGACUGCUGUCUAGUCAUUUGGAUAAGAUGGAAAACCGAGGUCCUGUGUAAACAUUGGCGUGCACGUAAAAGAUCUCUUGGCAGUUGGAAUUCGAUAAAAGAGUAGGCCGUACUGCUGUUGCGGGUCUUCAUUAGCCCAGUUCGGAGCAAAAAUGUUAAACCUUAUUUCAUUUCAUUUCAAUUAGACAUUUAUUAAUAUGACAAGCCCAUGAUCAAGUCUCUAGUCAAUCGGAUUGCAGAGAUUUAAAUUACUACAUUACUACAACAGUAAACAAUGUACUCUACAUCUUUCAACAUUCAAAACUUCACUCAGAGUAAUUUGAAUGGAAUUUUCAAUAUAUUCAUUUUUCACUUUCAAUUUUUGAACUAGUAUAUCAAGAAAGACCAGAGGGGUUUAAUAUAGGCUAUGCCUGUUCCCCAAUCCCUAUUCAGAUACAAAUCUGAAUAAAAAAUAUUGCUUAAAAAAAA